AUUCUGGAAGACAGACCCUUAUGGAGUAGCAUUCGAUAUUUUGCUCCCAUCUUGAUAUUCCUCUUAUAUGGCAGCCUUAUUGAUGUCUUGGGAAGCUACUGGAGCUUUAUCAUCUCAGUUUUAUCUGUGCUCAUUGGUGCAACCCUUCAAGUUAUCACAGAACCUAACAGCAUGGCAGACAUCUUCAGAUACCUCUCAGCACUUCAAAAUGGUCAUGUUGCAUUACAGGUGAUUGCUGCUCGAAUGACCACUAGUGGAAUGCAGCUGACUUCAUUGUGCUGGGUGAAUGCUGCCUACUCAUCCGCCAUCUACGCUGGGCCAUAUCUAAAGAAACUCCUGAGUCAACUAAUAGGGUCAAACAUACCCAUGGCACAAGUGGCUGCUAUUGUGUCUGCAAUGAGCCUUGUGCUAACUGUGGUAUUUCUGCCAUAUCUAAAUAGAAAAAAAGGGCAUUACAAUGAUCAAACUCAGGUACAGCCAAAUACAACGACUGCCUUUAGUAAUCUGGCACUGAAACAGGUUACAGAAUUUCCCAUCCUGCUGGCAUUAGUAACAUUUCCAGUAUUCUGCUAUCAUCACUAUGAUCUGGAACCUGGUGUUAUUUCCUGGCUACUUUCGUGCCACCGUUUCGUGUUUGUGAUAGCGACAUCAACACUUCCUAUGCUGGCUAUUAUAGUUGGUGAGAGGAGCAUCGUGGAUACUUCCUAUAUUUUGUUGCUGUGUACCUUCAUCAGGAUGGCAUGGCAUGUCAACGGUGGUGUCUUGGAUGUAGCCAUUACCCAUCUGCCAAUCGGCUAUGGUCUUGCAGUUUAUUCUGGAAUGCUUACAGCCGACAUAACCAGGUCAACUUCUCUUAAACAUGUUGGCAAAGCUCUAUUUCUGACGAAGUUAUGUGCACUUGGCUUGCAGCGAACGUCAGCGGUCGUUGGUCAGACUCUUGCACGGACUGAGAACCUUGUUUCUCUCCCGCUACUAGGUGGCGCUACAUACGGCAUCUUGCUGUGCGGCUCUAUAGCUAUGAGAUUUUUUCCAGAGCAAAGGCGUAGUGCACGUUGAUGUGCCGCGUAACUAAUAUCUAGGUUCUUAAUGCAAUAUGUGCUGGACAUUGCAUACAGUGUGUUUCCUGGCUCCUAAUUUUUUAUGCUGUUGUGAGUUACUUGUUACCCGUCAUUUAGGUUGAGUCGUUUUCCUGUCCACUUAGUACAGGAAUGAAUGAACCUAUAUUUGUUGUUAGUAUACAUUCCUUAUAUGUCUUUAAAUUUGUAUGCAUGUACAAUUAAGCUGUUAUUAAAAAAUAUUCAGUUUUUAUUCUGAUAACUACAAUGUAUUGAAUUCCCAUAUUCCCAAUUUAUAGAUAGUGAGUUUUUAACAUUUAAAAAUAAAAAUCUGUUCUUAAAAUGUAGAUGUGCUUGUCUAGGUAAUGUUCUACUGGUUAUUGUAGGCCACCAAAUCACGACGCCCAUUUCAAAAGGCUGCUAGUCCAACUAUGUAUAAAUCAUAUAGAAGUGUGUAUAUCAAUCCGUCCAUUUCCUUUAUUGAAUUAUACUGAGGUGAGUGACAAUUUAUGAAGAGCCCUAGCUAUGGUCAUUAAAUUACGACGAAACCUUCACGUUUCACACCCCGUCAUGAUAAUACUUUCUCAUUACCCGAAGCUAUAUGCAUGUAAAGUUAGUCGAUUUUAGAAGUAGAAGGAUAACUAACCUGUUUACAUCUAGUUAGCAGACAACUGGUGACAUGAUUAUACGUGAUAAUGUAAAUGGGUGAUAUUUUUGUAGUCGUAUGGCAAUGAUGAACAGCGUGUGACAGUACUUGUACUUACUGCCAAAUUUGCAUAAAACGCAUGCUUUAUAAAUGUCUGUCUGUGUAAGAUGCAUGCACAAUUUGUUCUAUGAAUUCAAGCUUAAAAAAUAAAUAAUGAAAUGUGUUAAUAAACCCA